GUCGGCGAAACCAUGAUCGUCCGCACAAUAUCGACGUCGACGGCUGCAUCGGAGCAUCGGACGAAGUUCAUGCAAGCAGCCGCACGUGUUCAGAUGAUGGGCAGGGCAUUGAACCGAGGGCAAGGCUCCUCUGAAGCUGCCAACCAUGUCGACAAUAGGUUGAGGGAUCCACGACAAGUGUCCGACCAUGUGGAACCCACGGCAUCCCUCGGAGACCAGGAGCCAAGUCGUUUCAAUGUGGCACAUUUCCUUUCAAACACAGAUGACCUCUUGACGCAUGUGACGCAUGUCGACGAUGCUGUCGACUGCACAGCGUCGACAGCGACGCCACGUAUGUCCUCUGGCUCGGCACCAUUCCCGCUACAACAGGGCGAAGCAACCCCUCACACCUGCGCAGAUCCAUCGUUGGUCCCAACCGUCGCAGUUGUUCAAAACGGUGUAGAAUGGGGCUUCACCUCCAUGACAUUGUGUGAGAUCGGCAAGUAUGUCCGAGAUCAAUCGGUAUCUUGUGCUGACACGAACGACGCGAGGCCACCGCCCGACGGCGGGACCGCCGCCGUCGAAGUGAAUAUGCUCGCAAAAUCCAUGACCCAAUGCAACGAACUCAACGACGACAUGAUCCACCGCGUCGAGCACCUCUCUGAACUCCAGCAGGAGGCGCUGGGAACUAUCGUACACAAGGAGUCGCUCCUCCAAGUGACCAGACAAGUCCUCGACAUGCUGCACUACGUUGCAUUCAUCGGGGUGUUUGUGGCCACGACUUUGCAUGGCCGUCACGACGACUCGACGUACAAAAUGGCGCUGAGCCUCAUGGCACAGCUGCAGGACAAACCGUGGCCAGCAAGGGUCUCGUCCGUUUCCAAGACCUUUCGCGAGAGCGUCGAGAGCAUCGAAGAGCUGCACAAGUACCUCUUGGGGAGCUUUUACGAUGUCGUGUACUCGGGCGGGUCGUUCGACGGAGACAAUGCAUUCCCCCCUGGCAACGCGUACAGUCCAAGGGGCGUUCUCGGAGGGUACGGAGAAAUUUGGGGACCCAUUCGCAUCGGCCAGGUGCGAGUGGACGGAGUUCCGUGCUCGGGCAUGCUGAUCGAGACGUCGCCGCACCUGAAGAAUGAAUCCACGUUGUGCUAUCCAGAAUACACCGCCAGCACAGCCAGCCACGCUUCGUUUGGCCAUCACGGCGCCACGUACUCCUACGACUCCGUCCCGCCGUCCGUCGAACCCUCCAUGUUAUCGCAUUCGGCAAGGCUGUACCCUGCGCCGGGAUUCAACGUGUACUUGCCCAACCAGGAGAGCGAACGUUGCAACCGCGACACGUUCGAGCACUGCGACGUGUACGACCAGCUCAAAGCGAUCGAAGAAACCAAAUUCUUCGACCGCGCCACUCGAGCUGUCUUUAUUGACAUGGCGGUGUACAACCGCAACUUUCGGGAUGUGUCGGUCGUUCGGCUCUACAUUGAAGCGUAUCCAGCGGGGGGCAUGGAGCCGCGGGGGUUGAUUCAAACGGAGCGCUUGUACGCGUACAGUUCGUCCCACGACGCGGUGAAAAUCAUCGGCGAAAUCGCCGUUUUGAUCGCGGCGACGCAUCAGCUCUAUCGCAUCUAUCGAGCCCCUCCAUCGGGCCGCCACGUGUCCACCCAAGUGCAUGUGGUCCACUUGCUCCUGUUUUACGUGAUUGCAGCGUGCAAGUGGCUCUCGUACGUCCACUUGCCGGACCCGUCUGCGAUCGCGUCGACGACGUAUUUGAAUUUUCGAACGUCGAUGCAAUACUUUUGGGUCGGCGAGUGUGUUGCGAGCGUUGUGUGCCUCUUGGCGUGGAUCAAGGCCUUCUACUACCUGUCGUUUGUCCCGCAGUUCGCCCAGCUCAUGAAAACAAUCUCGAAAGCGUCCAAGGAAAUGUUCGGCCUCAUGCUCAUCUUCCUCGUCUCCCUCGUUGGGUCUGCAAUGGCGUUUAACAUGGCGUUUGGGAUGCGGCUGCACAACUACCACACGUUCUGGCGAAGUUUCUUGACGUUGGUCCAAGUGAUUAUCAACAAGGUCGAGCUCGAAGCCCUCGUGGAAACCAACCAAGUGCUCGGUCCGCUCUUCUUUUGCGUGUUUGUCGUGCUCAUGCUGUUUGUGAUCUUGAACAUGUUUAUCGUGAUCAUCACCGACGCGUACAUCGACGCCCAGCGGGAACUGGAACUCAUGCACGACUUUCAACUGAAAGUGUCGACCAGGGAAAUCUUGCAUCACUUGUGGCACGACGUCGUCCUGAACCUGCGGUGGAUCGGUCCCCAUGUGUUUCAGCCACUACAUGACGGGAUAUCCCGCGCCAUCCACGUGCUACAGAGGCUCCAGGCGGACUCACCUCCCCCUGUCACACGACUCGCUCACGAAGGCACGGUGGCUGCGGAACUGGAGGCGGUGCUUCGCUUGAAACAAGGGGCAUCCUUGUACCAUGCGAAGGCAGCUGCAGUGGACUCGACGAGCGAGUCGCUGGACGGAGAAGGAGCUGUCGUGCCCGUGGAGUCGGAGAUGAGUUCCCACGACUCGCACGAUGACGAGCGGGUGGCCAGCCUGUUUGCUGCGAUUGCGCAAGAAUACGAGGAGGGCGUCGCCGCGACAAAGGUAGCGUUAGCCAGCCUCAACCGCGCUCCACACGAAGCUGCGCUCCAUACGAUACAGGCCAACCUCGAUCGAUGGCUCGACCUAGCGCACGCAUAAACACCAACCUUAAGAAUACACAAUCGC